CCCCCCACCCCCACCUAGAAGUCAAUCGAAUAGCUCAACCCUCUUGACGACCUUGAGCUCGACAGGAGAUCCAGAGAUCCAGGGAUCCAGCAUGGCCAAACGCUCAAGCCGUGAUCAUUUGCGGGCUUGGUCGGCCACGCUCAUGGCCUAUCGGCGAGAUGCAGCCUCCUUGGGGAUGGGCGCACCUCCCUCCGACAAAAUCCGACGCCACGAAGCUGACAUCGAGAAAUUGAUCCAGGUCCUGACCAAGAUCUCGGACGUGCUGGCCUUUGAAGACGAGGUCGAGUUUUUUCUGGAUGUGGCCUGGUAUCUCCAUCAUCAUGGGCGAGAUUACAAAUCCUCGAGCGUGUGGGCCCUCCUGGCCCUGCUCACCAAGUGGAGCGCUCAAAGUGGCCCCAUUCGAUCGCUCCUAGCUCAGCCCAUGGGAUUGGCCCCCUUUCUCACCCAGCUCUAUCUGACCUUACCGCCCACUAGCCAUGAACGCGGCCUCAAGGUCCUGGCCUUGUUGCGACACGUCACGGCCGCCCACCGGCCCAUCCGGCGAUGUGAGACCUUUGCCUUGGAUUUAGUGCCCAAAUUGGUGGAGCUCAUUCCGGGACCCGCAGGGGGCGAGGGACGAUCGCACAGUUUGUUCAUUUUGACUUCGUUGUGUCGUGGGAGUCGACUGAUGUCCAAGUUGGUGUUAUCCCAUCUGUCUGAGGAGCAACGUAAAGGCUUGAUCAUUCAACAUGAUGAGGACCCCAAAGUCAAGGUGCUCACCCGACAUUUGAAUUUCUGCUUGGGUCGUUUAAAUCUGUCAUUCCACGCCACGGCAUUGGCCAUGUUCGGCAAUGAAGCCCAUUUAUCCACCCUUUGCGAUGCUUUGUGUGCGGCCUACGCCGAAGAAGAGACCCUGCUCAUGGAAAGGUUUGGCCAAUUUCUCAGCGAUAUCAUUCAAGAAGCUUCGGCCCAUCGUAACUCGGAUGCGGAAGUCAGCAGCCCCUCGGAGAGUUCCACUCUUCACAUGAUGCAGCAAAUCAUCUUGGUGAUGGACUACCAAGAAGGCACUAAUGUUUUUGCCAACGAGAUCAUGUUCGGUUUUCUACGUCGUCUCCUAAAAUGGCACAAAGAAUUGAUAUCUAAUUCUAAAGACUCCGAGGCAAUCCUAGACUUGGUGCUCAAGGCCGUUCAUACGCACCUCGAUGCUCCCAAGGCCUAUGUAAAAGGAGACUUUGAGGCCAUUAGUCUCCUUGAAGAUGCGAUUAGUUGGUUCCAGUCACAUGGGACAAUGGAUUUAACACAGCGGCAGAAUGUCCGACUUCAACUAGAGCCUAUCAUUGCCAUUUUAGUGGUUGCUCUUGAAUCAAGUUCAGAGGGCCAAGCUUCAACGCAGGAAGCCAUUCUCAGGCUCUUCGGAACAAUCACAAGAGUUGGAGAUGAUUGGCACGAGUUGAUUCGAUCCAAAGUUCCCUGCAACCGAUUCCGACGUCUUCUAGAGAAUGAAUCCAACCCCACCCUUUUGGCAGAAAUGUUCGUCUUUGCCAAAGGCCAAUCGGAAUCUUGUACUGACGAAGAUUGGAAGCGGCUUUAUGAGACUUGUCUCUCGGAUCAAACGAUCACCCAAGUGAUGACGGGUCGCCUUCAAAGCUCGUCUUGUUCAAACGUGGAAAGAAAUCUGAUCCUUCACGUCAUGUCGAAUGGAACCAUUGAGCGGUGUCGACGAGUUUCUCUUUGCAAUCCCGAGGAGCUCCAAACAGGCGAGAGCGAGGAAGACAAACGGAAAUUCCAAGAUAUUAAAGGCAUGAAGGGAGACGACUCCCGUCUCGGAUUAGGCAGUCAGACGUCAUCGUGCUUUUCCUCUUCCUCCGGUUCUGCUUCCUCGUCCUUUUGCAUCUCCAAUUCUUUGCCGAAUGAAAACCAAAUCCUUGCCAUUGAGAACGCAUUAAACAUGGUUUGCAAAGCCACACAAUCCGGAGAUUUAAGGAAGGUUGAUUCGGUGGUUCCCGAACUAUUAGAUCUCGGGGAUUAUCGUCUAAGUAGCCAACAACGGAAAAUUGACAGCCUCAAGUCGGCCUUAAAGUCUUCCGACGAACGCAUCCAGCACCAGAACGAACAAAUUGCGACCCUUGAGACUGAGCUUUCGAAAACUUUCUCCAUACUUCGCUUGGUUUCGGAAAAGGCUCAAAACUUGGAGCUGGAUCUUGAAGAUGUUCGACUGCAGUUUGAGAGCCUGGAGAUGGAAGCCACAAACUUUCGAACCAAGGCCAACAAGGCAAUCCAGGCCAAAGAUGUGGAGAUCCAAGAUUUGGAAACUGAUCGAACCAAGAUCACGGCCAAGGCACUCAAAUAUAAGGAGCAGAAUGAAACACUUCAAAGCGCCAUCAAAGAGCAUGUUCAAGCGGGAGAAGAACUUCAGCACAAGCUCAAGAUUGAGGCCAAGAUGAAUGCGGACUUGACUACGGCCCUGGAGAAGCGCGAGGAGAAGCUCAAGAAAAAGGAGCGUCAAAUUGAGGAUGAGAUGAGCCACCGUGAGCAGUUGUCCGUCGACCUCGAGACCGCUAGAAAGGAAUGUGCCUCCCUACAGACUUUGACCAAGCGACAGGAGCAGGCCUUAGCCAAGAAGGACAAACUGUUGGCCGAUCAGAACAAUGAGUUGAGCGAGGCUCGAAGGAUUCAAGAGCAAAUCUUCAAUCUCUCCAAGGUGCGCAACGCCUCCUCGUAAGCUGAUUCAAAUUCACGAGCCUCCCCGGGAACAUUGGGUUGGGAAAUGUUACGAAAUUUGAAGCUAAUAAACAAUUACAAUUUCAAACAAA